GUACAUGGAUAUUUUGCUAAUUGUCCAAAUUGCAUCUGCCAUUUCACUCUCCAGUUUAAUCUACCAACCAUUCAAGGCACUUAAAACACAUCAGAUUCACCCAUUCAUACACAUUUAGAGGCUGAUGGCAGAGGUUGCCAUGCAAGGUGCCAGCUGCUCAUCAGGAGCUGGUUGCACCAACAGGGCUUUACUAAAGCUGAUGAUACACGGAGCAACUUUUAGAGCAAUGGUGCUGGGCAAUGUUGCCGUCAAUGGUAAAGAUUACUAUUGUAAUCCCCUUCCCCCAUCACUCCGCCACCCUUCCCGCACCACCGCUAUCCGUUCAAAACAUAGUCGGACUUGCCUUCAGCAAGAUUGCCCAGCAAUAAUAAUAAUAAUUGUGGAUAUCUUUGGAGAGGAUUCCCCAGCUUUUAUUGGUUUGGUCGGUGUGGAAAGUGACGGUACCGACCUGGAAGAAACUGCUGUCUCUCCAGAGAUGGAUGUCGACCGCUCAAGCGAGUGUGUGAAUUGUAAAGACUCGAUGGAGGCCCCAGUCACUCCACGAAGUUCUCAUGAAGGCAGCAGUGGUGCACCGCUGGAUAAUCUGCAGCAGACACUUCUUGAGAAAGAAAUUGUUAGAGUGGAGGCUGAAACAAAGAAAUUACAGGCCGAGCAGGAAAAGCUGGAACUUGAAAAACAAAAAAUAUCGUUAGAAAUACAGUUGCUCCAACAACAGAUAAACAAUUCAUCUUCGCCUAUUUCUGAAGAGGAUGGGCGGUCUUUUGUAAUUCUGUAACUACACCUAAUGGCAAAUUGUGUGCAAUGAAUCAAUGACAAUUAUAUGUAAAUAAAAAUUUUUUUUUAUGGUUUA